AGGACGUCGCAAAUACUGACUGCUCGGUGUUGGAAAGAGUAGGUCGCUGUGGAUCGCUGGUAGUGCUGGAGACCAGCAGCAGUGUGUGUGGGGACCGUGCUCGAUCAAACUCCUGUUCUCGACAGAUCGAGAGAUCUGCUCCAGAAGUCCUGCAUAUAUAAACGACUGAUUCAUAUAAGAGAUUGAGAAUUGGAGGCUUGAUUAUUGUUUAUGCCUCUGGUUAGGGUGCUAACUGGCUGGUCUCCUAAUGGAAAGAGCGGCUGAGUUUGUCUGAUGUGAGUAUGUGAGCCGCUGAGCGUCUGGGAUACAAUGUUUCUCGGGUUUCUUUUUUCGGAGCGUCUCACGCGCUACAGAGUAACAGCAGCGCGAGCGCUCCAGCCUGAGUAACCGAGCCAGAGACUCACUCCUGCAGGACGGACUGAAGAAACUCUCUCAGGCCAGCUAGUAUAUGCAUCAGCACUGUGCACUCCAGAGCAAUGAAAGAAUGUCUUAGCCCAUCAAACACUUGCAAUGGGGGAGUCUGCUAGAUUUUACCCCUAUGGGAACUCCAGGUGAUAAGUCAGCACUAGUGAUGGAGAUCCAUUGAGUCCUGUCCUUAACACUAUUCAUUGCCCUUUCCCCCUUUACCCUUUACCCCUGCCCCUCCUGGCUAGUGCACGAACAUGCUGCGCUUCCUCCCACUCAAGCUUGGCCGUUUGUACCGGUGUCUGAAGCUUCUCUUUGUCAUUGGAUUGUUUGUCAUCCUGCUGAUGAACACACACAACCUCUUCGCCUCUUUCCAAAAGAAUGAACUCACUGACCGAAGGUUCAUCAACCUCAACAAGUGCCCAGCCUGCUUUGGCACCAGUUGGUGUCGCAAGUUCAUGAAUGGACAGAUAUCCUUCGAGACAUGGGGUCGCCUUCGCUUCCUGGAUGUCUUCAAUGUGAAAAACGUUUUUUUUGCCCAGUAUGGGGAGCCUCGCGAGGGUACGCGGAGGAUUGUACUCAAGCGUUUGGGCUCCAAUCAAGAGCUUACUGAUAUUGACCAGAAGAUCUGCAAAAGGGCAACGGGUCGACCUCGUUGCGAUCUUAUUCAGGCCAUAUACAAGACUGAGUUUGCCCGACUUAAUGGGGACGUCAGACUCCUAACCCCAGACGUUGUGGAAGGCUGGUCAGACCUUGUUCAGUGUCCGUCCCAAAGACUGCUGGACAGAAUAGUCAGGAGGUAUGCUGAGACAAAGGACUCUGGAAGCUUCCUCCUCAAGAACCUUAAGGACACAGAAAGGAUGCAGCUGCUGAUGACCUUGGCUUUCAAUCCAGAACCCUUAGUGCUUCAGAGUUUCCCGUCAGACGAAGGCUGGCCAUUUGCAAAGUACCUGGGUGCUUGCGGACGGAUGGUGGCGGUGAACUACGUGGGCGAAGAGCUGUGGAGUUUCUUCAAUGCUCCUUGGGAAAAGAGAGUAGACCUCGCCAAGCAGUUGAUGGACAUCGCGGAGCAGCUUACUAACAAUGACUUCGACUUCGCUCUCUAUCUGCUGGAUGUGAGCUUCGAUAACUUCGCCGUUGGACCACGGGACGGGAAGGUCAUUGUGGUGGAUGCGGAGAAUGUUGUGGUGGCUGACAAGAGGUUGAUCAAACAGAAUAAGCCUGAGAACUACGAUGUCUGGUACGAGAGCAAGUUUGAGGAGUGCGACAAGGAGGCCUGUCUCUCCUUCUCUAAAGAUAUGUUGUGCUCGCGGGUCACAGUUGACCACAAUUAUUAUGCCAUCUGUCAAAAUCUGCUUUCACGAUAUGCUAUGUGGCGGGGCAGCUCUGGCGGACUUCUUCACGACCCCCCGCCACACGUAGCCAAAGACGGCCAGCUCGAAGCCCUGUUGGAUGAAUGCGCCAACCCUAAAAAGCGGUACGGCCGCUUCCAGGCAGCUAAAGACCUGCGCGAGUACUUAACCCAGCUAAGCGGUACCACUAGGUAAUGACCGCCCAUCCCUGUCCAUGCUCAGUGUUCACCCAUCAAUGUCCAACGACGAUUUGGGGAUCCUCGACGAAGCUUCUGUCUUCUGUGACUUUAUCUCAAACCAAUCGUCCAUCACACUACAAUCUGUUAUGUGUACAUUUUGUUUAGCUUCCGAUCAUCUUUAAAUUAUUGAAAUGUUUUGAGUUUUUUGCUUUGUUCAAUAGUUUGUUUUUCAAUAAAGGCAGCAGUUACAUUA